AUGUCCAUUAAAGACAUUUAAAAACUAUAAUCUCUAUUUCAAAUUAAUAACAGCGUAGUUUAAGAAUAUCUAGGAAUCAGGUCCAUAAAUUAGACUCUAAUUGAUUAAUUGGUGAAUUGCGAUAGUGCUAAUGAGGUUCAGAAAAUCAAAAGAAUCGAAGGCUGCAAAGAUUGGGACAAAUUAAAACAGAAACUGGUACCCUACUUUGUGGCAUCCCAAUUGACUUAUGGCAAACCGAUUCACAAAUACAUCCAAUAAGCACAUGAAGACUUACUAAUCAAAUACCAUAUUUUCUAUGAAGGUUUAAUUGAAUUUCAAACUUGUUCCAUGUUAAAUCAAUAUCUCAUACUCAAACACAAAUUGCUAAGAGACGAUUAGGAUCUCAAAAUUGAAUUUCGCAAAUUAAUCAACACACUCAUUUGGAAGACCAAUCAAUUGCAUUUUGUAAUUCGAAUUAUUAUCGGUUACAUUGCCUAUGCUAAAAUAAGUAAGCAAAUAGGUAAUGUCGAAAGAGUCUUCGAAUAAAUAGCUAAGUUAAUUGAGAUAUCGCUUAAAAACGGAGCAAAUUACCAUCAUUUGUUAUUCAAAACAGAUGUUCAACUGUUCUCCUCCUAUUGGAACAAAAUUAUCAAAGUCAGUAAGAACGAUACCAAUGCUCUCAUCUUAGAGUAAUUGUUAUAAUAGGCUUAAUUCUACUUCAAUGAUUACAACUUUUAGAGUGAUAUCGUUAAAGAAUUAUAAAUGUUGCAGAAAGCGAAAUAUUCCAUUGCUUCGAUUUCCAGAGUAAAUGAAGACACAAAGCCCAAAAGCAAGGGGAAAAAACCAAUCUUAUAAAUUAAUAAUUUGAUGCCUGAAGAAUUCCAAAAGGAAUCUUCCAAAACUACUAACAGAUAUUUGGAUUUAGGUAAAAUAGUUAAAACAGAACAAACUCAAGCAACAGUCACAAGUAAACGAAUUAUUAAGACUUCUGCCUCUAAGCUUCUUAAUUCUCAGUAUAAACAUAUUGAAGAAGAUCCAAUCUUCUAAAUUCAAAUUGAAAAUUAUCACAUCAAUAAGAUAGUGAGAAAAGGUAACCUUGUCUACUUGCACUUGUAUACUUUUCUUAAUAUCAUAGAAAGAUACAAAACCUAGCCUACCGCUUAAGAAGAUUUGCCUUUGCUUACAUUCUAAGAUUUUGAGCGGGAUCACCAAGACUCAAUACUAGAAUUACCAUCCCCAGUCAAACCAGCCACUGAAUCAGAACAAAAGAUAUCAGGGAGAGAACAUAGCAUCACCCAUUCUUAAUCGUCUCAAGGAAAAAUUGAUAAACUGAAUAAUCUUAGCAACCCCUAUAAAUUAAAGAAUUUGAUCGGUUCUAGAUUUCAAUAAAUCCUGGAUAUAGCCUAACUUAGUGCAUCUUCGACUCCCAGGAAUGCUGAUCUAGGUAAAUCCAUAAGAAGAUAAAAAACUAUUUCAAUAAAGAAAGAACACAAGGAAUUUCAAUAAUAACCGCAGUAACAACUCUCCAUUCCCGAAAUCCAAUAAAUACAAUCCUGUAAAGAGCAGGAUGCAUAAACUACAGAAAGAAGAAGAAGUGGUAUGGUAGUUAGUUCACCUGAUGCAGCAUCCCAAAUUAGUUAAGCCAUUCAAAAAUCUAGUCUUAUUGAGAGUGUCACUGCGAAAUCAUAGAUAAUAAUUGCAAUACCAUAAUCAGUUUAAUAGUAGGCAUAAUCAUCGCAAUAGCAAAAUCCAUCAAUCAAUGUAAAAAGGCCUUAGAGAAGGAAUCUAUUAACAUUAAGAACUGCAACUACUUUUUUCAUGGAGUAAUCCAACGCUUACAUUCCAAAAUUCCAAUUCUCAUUGUGCUAUCACAACAGAACGAUUUUAUGGCAAUGUGGUUUAUAAAUAACAUCCUCUGAGAACAUUCUUAUUGGAUUUUAAGAUACAACAAAUAAUAAAAUUGUGUACAGGGCAAAGCUGUAAAAUAUAAAAAUUGAAAAUACUAAGAAUUGGGCUUAAAUCAUUGAAGCCUUUGUGAACGAAUAUCAAUUAUAAACGUCUCAGUGUUUGCCUUAUUUACACUUUAACUCAAUAAUGAGUGACAGGAAAAGCGAUAAUUACAACUUUAUCAAGUUUCCAAACUAUCAAUUUGAACUUGCUAAAAAUGAAAUAGAACAAAUGGGAAUCUUGAAGGAUUUAUUUAGAUGGAUGUAUACCACUUAUUUAUAUGAAUAAAUCAAUAUCACAGGCAUUAGAUUAAAAUUGUACACAGUAGAGAAAGACAAAACUCUGAAUGCAUAUAGAGAAUUAAUUAAUGUAGUAAAUCUUUACAGAAGAAUGAUAAUACAGUCAACUCUUAGCGACGAGAAGGAGAAUUUCCACUUAUUAGUUUGUAGCUACGGAGAGUGUAUAAAAAACAAUAUCAUUCUUUUGAAUAGGAUACUCAACUUUAAGAUCAACAAAUAAAAGGAAUAAUAGUAUAUGAUACACAAGCAAUUGGUAAGUCUUAGAAAUUUAAGCAUAACUAAUGAUGAAGAUAACAUAUUUUUCAUAAUCAGAGUCAGUAUUAUAUUUUAGAAAGAGAAUAUCCUGUAUUAUAAAAAAAAUGAUUACCAUACAAAGUAUUAAGUGGAUGUACUAUUUGAGGCAAUCAAUAGUCCAUUAAAGAUCAAACCACUCAGAUUGUAAUUCGAUGCUAUCGAAAAGAUCUUAGAGAAGAGAUAUCACAAUAAUCUAAAAUAGAUAAUAAAUUAAAUACUGUUCUCUUAAAGGAAAUGCUUGACUAUGUUCUAUGAAUUUAUAGAUCAAAAAUUGAUGAUUAAUGAAUAAAAGUAGUUAUAGGUUAGAAUGAACAUCUUUUCGUUGCAUGAUGCUUAAAAAAUGGAGGCUUGCGGAAUGAAAUUAGGUUUCCUCAUUGAUUUACAGACUAAGGUAAAACCAUUUGCUAUUACUGAAAUCGAACGAUACAUCUAUGAUGACACCUAAAAGAAAUUAGAUUAUCAGUCCAAAUCAUAGACUAUCCACAAUAGAGAACAUCUGUUCGAUAAGCAUUUCGCAUAGAUAUUUGGAGAGGAUAUUACGAAUAAUGAAUAACAACAUUUCCAUCAAACUACUUUAAUUGACUUGGUCAAACGAUACUAAUCAAAUAUUAACACUGAGGCAAAACAGGAAAUAGACACAAAGAAGGUUGGUCCCAUUGUAAUAUAUUAAGAGAAUCCAUUUACUGAUGUGCAUAUUGAUGAUUUGGAAAAGUUGGAAUCUUAAUUUUUUAGUAAGAAAAACUUAAAACUCAGCUAAAUUUAAAAAUAUAGAAUAAAAUUAAAGCAUCUUUCCAUUCAAAUAUCCAUCGUUCACAAAUAAAUAAUAUUGAUUUAUCAUUGCAAUUAACGAUUGUAAAGAUUACAAAUCAACCCUACUGAUGAAGAAGACAAUAUAUUGUCUAACAUAGUGUAACUUAUACAGAAUGGCCCUACUUGUUGGAUCCUUUAAAUGCUGUAUAAGAAAGUAAGUCAAAGAGCCUUAAAGUAAUCUUUCAUUAGCUCCUAAUUAUCUGAUGGGUUUGAAUUAUUGAAAUAUAAGAAAUCGAAAAGCUAAUUGGCCGAGAUUCCUUCGUAUAAUGUGUUACAUUACUACAUCUUAAACAACUAUGUGGUACUAUUAAAAUAUUUUACUCUUAAAUAAUUUGUGAUAGUUCAGAAGAUUAAAAAUUAUGGAAAAUACUAGAUAACUAUUAAGGUGUUCUUUAGAUGUCAAAAACCAGAUAUAUUGGCUGAGAAUGAUUACUUUUUAAUGAGAAUAGACUUCUAAAACAUCAUAUUAAAGACGGGAAUGAUGAAAAUGAUCUUUAAUAAAUAUGAUAUCACUGAGAUGUUGAAAAUAGAGAUACCAUAGAGUAUGACAGAUGCAAAUAUUGUUUAAACUGCCAUGAACAUAUUUCAGAAAUGUCACUUAGGAACAUUUACAUUAAGUUAGGUUCCAUUCUUUGCAGCUAAUCAAGAUGAUCAAAAAUAGAAUGAAAGUUAAAUAACACAUAAUUCAUAUGAGGAUCAUUCAACCAAACUUACAGUUCAAUAAAUUAGAAGGAUCGGCAAUUUCCCUGAAAAUACAACUUUCAAGAAAUCUGAUCUCUGCAAAGGCUUCUUAGAACAUUAUAUCAAAAACAGUAGAUUAAUUAUUACUCACAUCAAGAAGUCCUACUUGAUACAUUCAAUAUCAACUGGUCAAUUAAUUAAAAUAUCAAACAAUAAGGUUACUUAAUUAUUGAAUGAUUAAUAAUAAAUUACAGAUUAUGUUAUAAUCUAAAUCUUCAGACACUUAUUACUGGACAUUUGGAUUGUCAAGAUUUAUAUUCCAAAGACAACUAGAUAAAUGUUAGGUCUGUUGAGAUCAGAAGACUUCAAAGAGAAUGAUGGCAAGGAUUUGAUGGAUAGUCUCAUCAUUUACAAAAAGCAAACCAUCAUGAGUUUUAAAGAUUUAGAUUCAUUUUCAGAUAUCACACCUAGAUAAAGUGUUAAUCUCUAAAAGCAAAACCAUCGAUGGAGCUAAUAUAAAAUAUCAUAGUUCCAUUCUCCAGCUGUCUCGAGUAUCUAGGUAUAAAAUCAAAUUGGGUAAUCCCCGACCACUUCAUACUAUCUCAAUGAGUUCUUAUGCCUUACUAAAUUGGUUACUGAUUUUACAGAAUAUCAUUUAGAUAAUGGAAAUAAGGAGUAGUAUAUUGUUAAGGAAAAAUUAAUUUGGGUUAACAUAAUCAACAACAAUUUUUCAUUAGAAUAACAUCCCAAGUAAUAAAAUUGCUUUUUGUCCCUCUUAUUUGAUCAGAAGGAGAUCAAUCUCUAGGAACUCCUAUUUUAACGUUACAUUAGAAUUGAAAGAGUUGGCGAAUCGCACAUUGAGUUUUACAUGAAGUAUUCAUAAAAGGCUGAUCAACUAAAGGGUAUUGCUCUUCUUAAAGGGAAAAUUAACCAAUUAAAUUUACAUAAUAACAAAUUCCCUGGUAUUAUAAGUGAAGCAAAAUUGAAUGAGGAGUAGAUUAAAUUCUUAAAACGUACUUGUAUUUUCUUCCCAUUUGAUGCCAUUAGCUAUGCCAAUACAUCCAAUUUCAAUAUUGAAUUGAAGUACUUCUCAUAUAAUAAAUUUACUGAAGUCAAAGAGCAAAUCAAUUUAAGAGAAUUACUCAAUUUGUAUAUAGCAGAUGGCUUUUAUAAAUAUUAAACUAACUAUAUGAAUUCUAAACUCAAUCAUUCAGAUAUUAUCAGUAUAUGCUAUUAUAUGAUACAUAAAAUUAAAACGCAGAACUUUUUAAAUUUAAGUCAGUAUCAUACAAUCCCAAAUUUGAACUAAUUAAAAACUCAGAAAUAAUCUAAAACAAUAUAAAAACCAAUUAGAUUAUAAAUCAAGACCUUCAAAAAACCAUACAUUUUUAUAAUCUCAUUACUUUACAAAGAACUUUAAGUCACUUGUAUAAAUUGGAAAACUUGUCAUCAAAUAAAUGAACAUAUAAUGCAUUUCGAGCUUUUACUCGAAAACUAACCUAAAAUAGCAUUAUAAAAGAUAGAAAAAAUAAUUGAUAAAAUAAUGAAUAUUAUAUUAAUAAAAUGA